AUGAACGAGUCUUCAGCGAGCAAGUUCAGCAGGACCCUGUCCAUGGCGGACCGCUCUGGGAGACUUCUGGAAACUUUGGAUCAGCUGGAAAUAAGGGUGGAGACUUUGCGGGACACAGCGUCGGCAAUGGAGCAGGAAAGGGAGUGCAUCCUGGAAAUGAUUCAGUCUUUAAAAAACGGUCAAGAAAUGCGCAGCAUAAGUGAUGGUGAAAGAGAAGAGUUGAGUCUAACUGCAGAGCGACUGAUGGGAAGGACUCUGUCAGUGGAGGUGUGUGUGGGGACAAUCCGAAACCCCCAGCAGGAGGACGCACUGCGAAAGGCUACAUCCAUCAUCAAUGAGAUUGUGAAGAAGUUACUGGGCGACAUGGAAGCUGGGAGACAGCGGCUGCAGGCUUUGCACGCAGCAUGUGUCACUGAGGCGCCUCCCGUCCCCAUUGACCAGAAAUUUCAGGCUCUGGUCAUCGGCUGUGCCCUGGAAGACCAGAAGAAGAUCAAGAGGAGGUUGGAGAUGCUGUUGAGAAACACGGAGAACGCCCAGAAUAACAUUACACUGAUGGACAACAUGAAACUAGAGGAGCCCAGAGCCAAUGGCCUCUAA